UGCUUAAUCUUGCUAAUCUUAUGAUAUGGUUGACUGUGACAAGAAAUAAAUUAAAAUCAGAUCAGUUCAAGUGGAUUACAGAUGGUUUAAGAUUUCUGGAUUGAAAUAAUUGAAAUAAUUCUACAUUUUCAGUUCCUUGGCCAAAUCUCUAGUUUGUACCACCUUAUAUCACCUUAUAAAUGCCUCUUUAGAUGCUCUAUAAUUACAGGUGAGCAACAUUCCUGCAAGGGAUAAUGUAGGAUAACUAUCUAAUAUUAAACCAAAAAUCAUUAUGGAAUUAUCUAUUAACUGUAGAAAACAUUCUGCCUCUUCCAAUGCUAUGCAGAGAGCAAGAUUGUCCUCUAGAUUUUACACUCUAAAAAUCUCCAUGUUCAUAUCAAUAUGAUGUCAGGAAAAAAAUACAGUAUUUAAGCAUGAAAUGUUCUCACAUACAUAGGUAACACUUGCUAUUUUACUAUUCCAUGGCCAAGACUUAUUCUGAAAAAAAAAAAAGAACUCGCUUGGUGUAGGAAAUAAACUCUCUUUUCCAGAGGAAGAUAAUCAGGCUAGAAAAGCCCCCUUGCUGUUCAGUGGAAGGUUGUGUGUGGUGCAGAGGGGAGGGAGGCUUUGUCAGUGCCUUUUGUCCUCUAUGCAGAGGGGAUUGGAACUUUUCAGCCCAGACCCUCCCCAGGGAGCAAAUGGGAGCAAGGACUUUCAUCUACACAGCUUGGUGAGACAAGGCAAGAUUGUUUUAUUCCAGUGAUGACUCAGGCAUAACUUACUCACUUGAAAAUUAGAUGUUUUUCGUUUAUGGAUUGUUGAAAAUGAGAGCACACUAGCGCUGCAGAAACACUGGAAGUUCGUAAGUACACUCAUGUGCCAAGUACAACAGUGUCUAGUGCUGGAGGAGCAGGAAAAUACCUUCAGUUUCUUCACUUGGUUGUGCAAAAUUAUUGGAUGUUUUCAGAACAUGGCAAUGUUACUGUACUUGGACUCCUGCUCUCUGGUCUGUGGCAUGAGGACAACACAAACAUCUGCUGAAACGUUUAUGAUGGAUUAUAGGGUGUUAGAGUAACAGGAAUAGCAUGUAAGCAUAUCAAAAGGGACUAUUCAUUAUCAAAAUUAGAGCUAGAUCAGAUUGAUUAUGAUCUAUGACCACAUACUGAGUAAGAAAAAUACAAAUGCAUAUUGAAUAAGCAGAGCCAGCUGACCUUAAUAAUUUGUAGGAAAAAUAGAAUCCUGUCAAAUGUAUAUACAGGAUUAAUCUAAUCCAAGGAUCAAUGUGCAAUUUUCAUUUUAGAGUUCCCUUAGAUUUUCCUUCCCUUUGAAAGCUUCUCGGUUUUGUUAAUGUGUUUUGAUUGAGCAAAUAUGUACAGGGUUUUAAUAGCAGCCUUUGCCAUGCUUUCAAUUCAAUGUCUAUAUAUAACCUGACUUGAUUUUUUAGCACCCUCUAGAGUCAGCAGAAAGAUCCAGCAGCCUUUCCUUUCAUCUUAGAUAGCUAAAGUGAUACUCUCCUCUUCUUGCCAUUUUAUUGGACUUCCUGAUACUCUGAACCUUUAAAAAUAUUAUGGGAGUAUUGACACAUGAUAAAUUAUUAGAUAAGUGUUCAAAUAAUAAAAACAGUCUCAAGAUACUUUUGCAUCAAAACUUCAGUCCUGGAAAAAAAAACCAAUCAAACCAAUUGUUACUUGGCAACCAGGGAUAAUAUUCCUACUGAAGUGUAACUUUACAAGCUGAUGCUUUACCUACUGUAACUGCAAAGGGAGUGUCUGGAAGAAGGGCCACAAGGUUUAGCCAGUUCUGUGUUUGUCAAUCUUAUUAGAAAAUCAAGUAAUUGUUUACAUGAGGGUGGGUCAGCUCCUUCUGCCUCUCUCACAGACCCUCCAUAGUGCUCUCUACUGUCUGUCUUUCUUUUCCUUGCAGUUUUCUGUCUUUUUACUCUGGUGCUUUAUAUCUUGGAUCCUUGAGUUGCUCCUCAUUCCUCUAUCAAUGCUGUGACCUCUUUCUACAAUUUUACUUUUAUUAUUUUGUAUAAUUCUCACAAUUUGAUGAGGUUUUCAGUAGUCUGAGCUCAACGCAUGCAGCUGGAGCCUAGCCCUUGUGUCACAGAGAGCUAAGUCCACAGGAGAUAAAUGAUGAGACGCCCCUGGUGUCCCCCUGCCCCCAGCCUGCUCUGAUCUCACGCUUGAGCCCAGCCCAGGGCUCAGUCUCCAGCGGAGCUCUCCCAGGCAGGCUGUGCCAGUGCUGUGAAAGGCAACACCACCCCAUAGAGCUCCCUGCCAGUGCUCAUCCAAGUGUAAUUCCAGUGCCCUCCCAGAGCACGGCUGGGCUGCUCUGUUGAUGCUGCUAAAACACCAGAAUUCAGCUGCAGCAAGGACCCAGCAAACAGCAGUACACCAAUAACUCCGAGGGGGAGGGUUAUGGAAGUUAGUUUUCUCUUUCUGUGACAGUAAAUUUUGAUUCUAAAGCGUGACAAUAAGCUGCCAAGAACAGGGCACCAUUUCCCUCUCAGUUUACACUGGUAAUUCAUUAUUCAUCAUGCAGAAUUAGAGAGCUUAGCUGAAGGUCUCUGAGAGAAGUCUCAAGCAGUACACCAUAGAAGUUUGGUAGCUAAGGUGUUGUUGAUUCUUUAAAAGUGAAAUAUCCAGUCAAAAAAAACCAGCUAGACAGAUUUAUUUUUUUUCAAAGCAUGGUAAUUUGUUUGCAAGAACAAGACAAAAAGAAUUGAACAUGGGCCCAAUGUCUGGAAGCUACACUUGAUACAGAACUUUUUAUUAUUAUCAUUACUAAUGUCAUAAUAUGUUUGCUGCUGCAACCAAAAACUUUGUUAAACAGGUUGGUGAUGGAGGAAGAUUAGUUCCAGUGCCCAGCCUCAGCGAAGCUGAUAGAUACCAACCUCUGAGCCUGGUGAUUAAAAAAAGAAAAUGCUCACUUUCAAAAAAAUCUAAAUUUGCUUCAACACCUUUCACAUUAAAAGACAUUCUUGAAGGAGAGAAGGAAAUCUCUGCAGGUGUCUCAUCUUACCAGUUGCUCAACUAUGAAGACAAAUCAGAUGUUUCUCUUAAUGGCAGAAGAGGAAAUCAGAUAAUGAAUGAUGUUGGUUUUGAUGUUGCUGGAUCAGAUUCUAUUGCUUUUAAAGCUUCAUUUGGCAUCGUGACCAAGCACGAAGUUGAAGUACCAACGUUACUUAAAGAACUUACCACAAGAAAAAUAAACUUUGAUCAUUGUCUAGUCCACCAAUCAAGAAAAAGUAGGAUGGAAGUUUUGUGUGUGGUCAUGGAAAGUAUUCGAACUACAAGGCAGUGCUCGUUAACUGUCCAUACUGGAAUGCGUGGAGAGACAAUGAGGUUUCACAUAAUUGAAGAUCAGAAUUAUAAAGGGCGGGACAAAGCCAUUGUUUUUCCUGCACAUACAACUAUUGCUUUUAGUGUAUUUGAACUCUACAUUCAUUUGGAUGGUAAUUUUGAACUCUGUGUCACUCCAAUUGCAAAAGGAGGAUUUGAAAGAGAGAAAUCUGGAUCAUCUUCACUGACCAAAUUAAGGAGAUUAAAGAAUAAUUUGUUCCAUCGAAAUAAAGGAGUAGUGGAAAUUGUUGCUAACUCUGAUCCUUACUUGGAGGACCUUUUUGCAGAUUAUUAUGAAAAAGCUGCAAGCAUGACUGAUCUCUCUACAAGCUAUCUCAGAGACGGGUCUCAUGUCCGAAUUAAUUUACUUAAUAACAACAUUCCCAAAGGCCCCUGUGUCCUGUGUGGAAUGGGAAGUUCUAAAAGGGAGACAGUCUAUGGAUGCUUGGAGUGUUCUUUUAAUGGACAGAAGUACGUACGACUGCAUGCUGUGCCCUGUUUUGACCUCUGGCAUAAGAGAAUGAAGUAACUGAUCUGGGUAAGUGCCUGUUGUCACAGACAUGGGCAUAACUGUGCCACAAACUUUUCAGAGUUAGUAAAUAUGUCUCCAGUUGUGAAAUGCAAAACAGUCCAAGUGCAAAACAUUUUAUUACACUGUUAUCUUCAAAUUCUGUGCUUCACAGUCAAUGACCUGUACCUUAAAAUGCACAUGAAUUCCCUACAUUCCUAGAAUCUUCUCAUUAUCAUGGUAAUGAAAAGCAUAUUUAAAUAGUAUUUUCAUAAUUUGAAAUUAUGUGCUAGAACUUAAAGUUGUUUACACAAACUUGUUGUUAAACUCCCAAAAUGUUGCCUUUCUUUACACUGGCAUAUGAUGGUUAAAUGAGAAUAUUUGUUAAUAAUUUAGUGUUCUCAUGAAUGUUUAAUUGAAGUAUCAGAUUAAAAAACAUGCUAAAACUUAGCUCAGUCUAAUGUUUCAGUUACAAAAGGGAACAACUGGAACUAUGGAUGGGAGUUUCAUAUUAGGGUGCUGUCACUGUAUAUCAAGUUUGUUUAGAUUAUUAAAAAGUACCAGCCAGUCCA